CUGGACAGGAGGGGGUUCGGCGCCGGGACGGGAGUGCAGAUGGACGGCGAGCCUCGCUGCGAAGCCCAGGACGAGGGUGCAGUACCAGACGAGCAGUCACCAGGGGGCACCCUGCCUUCUGCACUCCACAGACCCAAAAGGGAGAGAAAGCAGCGGAGCUACACGUUGUGUGAGGUCUGCAACAUCCAACUCAACUCACCCGCACAGGCCCAGAUCCACUACAACGGCAAGUCCCACCAGAAGAGACUCAAGCAGAUCAGCAAUGGCAAGAUGCCAAGUAACACAGGUACGUCGGCCCAGGGCAGCCCCCUCCUGGCUUCCCUCCCCGUCCCAGGACGGCCCCUGCAACCUCAGCUCGACCUCAAGCACCUCCUGCCCUUCAGACUCAAUGGCUCCUCUCCCCUCAGCCUCUUCCCCAACUUCAACACGAUGGACCCUGUCCAGAAGGCAGUGAUCAACCACACGUUUGGCGUCCCCCAGCCCCUCAAGAAGAAGCAGAUUAUCUCCUGCAACAUUUGCCACCUGCGCUUUAACUCAACGAACCAAGCAGAGGCCCACUACAAGGGCCACAAGCACGCCCGGAAGCUCAAAGCCAUGGAGGCGCAGAAGAACAGGCAGCGACGAGCCGGGGAGGCCUCAUCCACGGGGAGGGAGAGAGACCGAGACCGGGACCGGGAGCGGGAACGGGAACGAGAUCGGGACCGGAGCAAGACGUCCACAUCCGAGGCAGCGCUUCCCGCGCUCAUGGAUACGAGCUUAGUGGAGGGAACAAGUCUUCAGCCUGAUUUAGACCCAGCCAACCUGGAAGUGAAGCUCGAGGAGAGUCCCAGGAGCUCAGUUAUGCUGACGCCGGUAUCAGAGGUCUCCUCUGUGGAGCUGGUCACCCUGUCCCCUCCUCAUAUUUCACCUUCCUCACAGCUCUCAGAGACUGCCUCAGACACCAGUGCCCCCGAAGUCCCAGAGGCUGCCGAGGCCGCGGGCCCAAACACUGAGUCGGGCAGCCACGCAGACACGUCCAGCACAAAUGGGGAGCCACGCACAGACGAGGACAAGGACCCCAAAAAGAGCAAGGCUCACCUCCAUUGUCCUGUCUGUAAAGUCACAGUCAACUCCGUCUCCCAACUGGAAGCACACAACAGCGGUACAAAGCACAAACUGAUGCUGGAAGGUCACAGUGUUCUGCCUCGACGCAGGGGGAAAGUGGUGGCAGCCCGCGCUGGCUGCAAGAGCAAGCGACUGGGCAGCAAAGGCAGCGUCGGCGUGCCCAGCAAGAACUUUCAGUGCGAAGUGUGUGAGAUCUUUGUGAACUCUGAGACCCAGCUGAGCCAGCACAUGAAUAGCAGAAGGCACAAGGAUAGGCUGGCCGGAAAACCACCCAAACCCAAAUUUACCCCCCACAGCAAGAGCCAGCCAAGCUCCAGCUUAGCGACCAAACUGGCCUUGCAGAAGCAGCUGACCAAGAGCUUGACAACUGGCUUCCUGCCCAGCCCCCUCACCCCGCCAACCCUGUGCACAGUGGCAACCAACCCGCUGGCUCUGCGCCACCCAGUGGGCACCACCACCUUCAUCCAGACCCCCUUCCUGGGCCCUGCGCUGUUUCGGCCUGCCCCGGGGCCACUGCGGGCCACACACACACCCAUCAUCUUCUCCCCCUACUAAAGACUUGACCCACUUCCCAUUUGAGCUCCAACCUCGUCCCUUUACCAAACCCCAGGCCCUCCUUCAGUGUGACCCACGUGACAAGGCCACACGCAAACUAUGCAGCCCGCCUGACUUACGAUGGAAAGAGUGCACAAGCCCUGACGCUCGGUAGGCCUUUAGGCCUGAGAGCUGUUCCUAUCAUAAAGGCCAAGAUCCCCCGUCAUGCCUUCUUUCUGCUCCUCUUAUCAUGACCGAAGGAGGAGGACAGGCCUCCAGACAGUGACUGGCGCACAGAGGCCGUUUUUAUAGCCAUUUCAUGGGUCAAAGUGGGAUUAUGGAUAUUAUUGUGUAAUUUAUUAGAGAACAAAUAUAGACAAGUCUAGAUGUAUGUUUAGUGUGGUUGCCACAAAAUAAGGUCCCUUUACUUGAUGCUCUUUAAAAGCGUUUUUAACUUAUUGCUUUGGGGGGUUUUAUGAAAGGUGGGAAGACCGUAGUUCAUUAAAGCAGCUGAACAUGAGUCAUCCUCCUGUAUGGCUGGACGGGCCCAUCUCAUUGAUCACUGUUUUCCGCUAACUAGCUUAAAGGAUGCUCUGAGGUCAAUUUCAUCUUGCAUAUGGUAAUUAUCAGACAGCUCUCUGGACAAGCACCCCUUGUUAAAUUAGAACAUUUCAAGGACGUUUGUGAGUCCUCAUUGUGGGCGGUACGUGAAGCUAGAACUACACACUGUAUGUCCAUUAAAACCCUGCUUUAGCACCAUUUUGCACCUCAAGCCUUCUCCCAAACACUUUCCCGAGCCCCGACUGUAUAAUUAUAACAUUUCUUUCUUUCUGAGUCACAGCCAUAGUCAGAGCCCUCCAGAUUUCUUUUCCUUCCCCGUUUCCCCAGGAUUAAGCACUCAUUAAGGUCCAGAAAAGGUCAGCUUGUCAACUUGACUUUGUUUCAAUUUGCAAAUCUGUCUUCGGAAUGAUUUUUUUCCUUUUCUUUCCUUUUUUUAUUUUUUGCUCCAGCGCAUCGUUCAUGCAAGUGCAGCUUGGACAUUAUGCACUGGCCGAGCUAGCAUGAAACAUU